AUGUCAAAGCAAUUAGAUUCAACAAUAAAUCAAAGGGCGAUAUUUGGAGGGUCAGAUAAAAUCGUUCACGUAUGGAUAGAACAGUAUGAUGAGCCCUUGAAGGGCAUAGAUCUCAACAUAGACGAGACAUUGGUCGCUAGUGCAAGCGAUAUUGAUCGUAUCUUUUAG